CCAGAUAAGAGUAAAGGAAGAGAAUCUAAAGAAAGUGGUGCCAGCUACUGUUAAUCGUUUCAUGAAAAGACCAAACCACCGAGGAUACCUCCUCUCAGUGACGGUCGGUUCAGCACCGACGAGCGCUUUGCUUUUCAUUUCUUACUUCGGUGGCAAUAUACUCUAGAGGGGGUCAUGACCCGCAUCUGUGCUACCGACUGCUGCCUGCAUGCUGCGUGCCGCACAGACCACAGAAAAGUCAAAACAAGUCUCUGCAAGUCCUGGCAACAAUAAGUAUGGGAAACAAGCACAUUUUGAUCGUUUCUUCCCUUCAAGAAAUUCGUUUUGAUAUUGUUUGUAUGUAGAUUUAUAUAUAAACAAAUAAAUAAGCCUGUAAAAUGUCUGUGUUCGAAGAACUGAAUAACGCUGUAGCAGCGUUGAAAAAUACUGUUCUCAACUUUAAGUUUGGAGCAGCCUCGCUGGACGAUUUUAAAACUGAUGAAGAAAAAUUCGAGGACAUGCGAGAACGUCUAAAACAUCUAAACGCUAGAUUAGUGUUACACAAAGCACAGUCCGACUUUCAAAUUAGGACCCAAAGGGAGCCAGAGAAAACUGUCAUCCAAACAGUAAAAAAUAUGCAUGAGAACGCAGCUAUUUCUCUUAUAAACAAUUUAGCUGUCAAGCUAUGUCUUCAUUCUUAUAAUGUCCAAGCUAUUUUAUCAGGUGUAGAAGGUGACCAAGAUGCACGAAAACAAAUAUAUGCAUGUAUGAGCAAAAUAUUUGGCAUAAGUGAAGGCAUUCUGGCAGUGCAGCAGGAACUAGAAGCUGAACGUCAAAAGCAGUUGAAUUUGAAAAUUGAAUGUCAAACAGCACUAGCUGAUUACCAUGAUUUUUUAAAGGAACAGGAAGAAAUACAUAGCCAGAGAUUACAAGAAACAAAUCCUGAGAUACUAAGAAACAAAGAGAAGACACAGACUACCGUGAAGAGGAUUUGUCUAAUGCAGAAGUUAAUCACAAAUUUUAUUGCUGCUUCUAAUCACUUGUUGCUGGAUGUACCAUUAAUGAUAAAAAUGUUAGAAGAUCAUAGAGAAAUGUACACUAUGGAAAUAAUUUCAAAAAUUGCUCAUGCUGAAAGAGAAAGUAUGGAUGUUGAUUGAUCAUUUCGUCUAUGCAUUCCUUUAUGUAAUGCUCAUUCGAACAAAUAAAAUAAUUUUUUUACCUUCUAA